CUCUCGUUCCAUCCCAUCUCUCUCCCUCUCUCCCUCACACUCUCUCAUGGCAGACUCCCGAUCAGACACGCUCCAGCAUGAAUCCGAUAAGCGCCCCCGCAAAUCGGAUUUAUCAUACCGAGGCGUGCGCCGACGCAGCUGGGGCCGGUUCGUAUCCGAGAUCCGCUUGCCCGGUAAAAAGACUCGGAUCUGGCUCGGAUCCUUCGUAUCGGCCGAGAUGGCGGCACGCGCCUACGACUCAGCCGCCUUCUUCUUGAGGGGAAGUUCGGCGACUCUGAACUUCCCCGAGUUGGCGAGUUCGCUGCCUCGGCCUGACUCAGCAUCGCGGAGAGACAUACAGAAGGCCGCUGCGAAAGCAGCCGAAACGGAGAAACUCGCCCGGAAUGUAUCGGGCCGAUCCGUGCCCGAACCGAUCUCGAUUUCGGGGUCCGGGUCAUUUUGGGAAUUGGAUGAAGAGAUCCUUAGUUUCUUUGACGAUGUGAAAGAGGCUCCUCUGCACAGCCCUGUCAGAUUAGAACUGGAGGAUGAAUUUCUGACCUCGUGUGGCACCAGAAAUUACCAAAAUGCCUUUGGAAAUGACGAGUUUGCCCUCGAUCUGUGCGGGGAUGAUGUCAGUCACCAUAGCUUGGUGGUGUGGAGCCGGAUUUCGUAGUCGGGUGCGGUGCCAGUAUUUAUUAGAGUAAAAUUACAAAUGACCGUAGUGCCCUCUACGGAAAAGCCUUGCUAAGCGCGCACACGUGUGCAAUAUAGGUAAUGUACACGCCACACAUGUGCCACCAUGCCACAAUAGGUAUCGGAUCCAAUCCAUCCAUCAGAAAGGAAUCACUAUAUAUAUAUAUAUACCAUAACCCAAGGCACAGUUGUUCUACUUGUCAGGUGGGCCACAGAUUGCAAAAUAAAUGUACGGCUCUGAAAAACUAGGCUCAAAUUUUCUAAUGUACGGUUUCCAGUAUUGGGGCCUACAUGCUGAUUGGACUAGAUUUAAUUUUGGGAGUACGUGUCAAGGUCGGAUCAACCUGAUGAAUGGAUUAGAUAGCGCACUUGUACGUCAUGCUGGCACAUGUGUGGCGCGUACACGAGUUUUAUUGCACACGCGUGUGCGAUUAACGAGUGGAAAGUCUGCUUUGUCUAUGGAAUCCAGGCAUUUUGUUAAUUUUCGUCCAAAAGUAUUACGAAAUUACCAAAAUCACUUGCUAAUGUCCUUCGUGUCAUCGAUGUACUAUAGACAGAAGGGUCAAUGCCAGUUUUGCCAUGGCCCAGUUGCAAAGUUGUUUCAACUGCCACUGUUUUUUAUGUGGGCUUUUUUUUUUUUUUUUUUUUUUGUGAGUGCCUUGCUGCCUUGUUUUUUAAUCUGAAUUUGAAAUGGAAAUUGGGUCGGAAUGUAUUGUGUUUAUGGGUGUGGUUUCGAGGAGGAACAGUAUGAUCAGCUUCUGCAUGUGAGGCCCACCCGCUAUGGAAGGGUGAUGCUGCAGAAAUCUUCCAUAUUGAGAGAUCCAACCUUUCAAUACGGUUGCUACAAAGAUACGGUUUGUCCACAUUUUAACAGUAGUGGCUGUGGAAAAAAAAAAGAAAAAAAGGCGUGCCUAUGGAUUAAUGGUUAGGAUCACUGAAUUAUGGGUCCACGUAUACGGAAUCCUAGGAUGUCAACAAAUUGUACGGGCACUCAUCAAGACGACUCCAUGGUUCCAAAGUAGGAAUGUGUGGGACCGGAAACCCGUACA